UCCUGUCCCGUCCCGAUGUCGUUCCUGUUCAGGAGAGGCCGCCCCGGCCCCUUCAAACACAUAGCUCAUGGCCUGGUCCCUGCUGCCACCAUAGCUCCUAAACCUGCAGUUCCCCGCACCCCUCCCCCUCGUAGUCCAAACCCUUCUCCAGAAAGGCCCAGGUCUGCCCUGGCAGCAGCAAUCCUUGCCACAGCACUCACAGGGCGCACUGUUGCUAUUCCUCAGCCUCGGCAGAGAUCCCUCUCCGAAAGUGAUUCCACCUCUGUGGAACAGGAAGGCUUUGAACCCUAUGCAACAGUGACCCAGCUCAGAACAGGGUCCACCUGGAAACUUGAUGGUAGUGACAGAUCUCCUGUACAGUCCCUGGAAACAUCAGGCCACUAUGGUGAAGAUGAGGACAUGGAUACCUUUGUCUCAGAUGCUGAUAAAGAGGCAGAGUCCAGCUGUCAGAGUAAUGAGAAGAGGGAAGAAAGCUUUAGCACAAAUGCUGUUUAUGCUGUUCCCUGUAAAAAUAAAAAGGAAGAGUUUCUACCAUCUCCCACCUCUAACACUGAUGAGAAAGAGGUUCCUUCCCAUGAAACUGAGUCUCAGAUGGUGGUGGAUAAAUCAAGUUUGGAAAUAGAAGCAGAAGAUCAACAUCUUGACCUGAACUUAAAGGAGGAAAAACCUUUAGCUGACAAUCUGAUACGUGAAAAACCUCCACCAUCCCCAGACGUGUCUGUUCGGGCAAGGCAAGCACGGGAAAAUCUGACUAAAGAAAAGUUCAGAGAACUAAAACAAGAAAACUGGGCCCUGAGCAAGGCAUACCAGGCUGUGCUGCAGCAGCUGGAGGGAACAAAGCAGCAAAUGGAAGAACAGCAGUUACAGCUGAAGAAACUAGAACAAGAAAACAGAAGAGUUAAAGAACAAGAAAACAGAAAACUUGAAGAACAAGAAAACAGAAGACUUAAAGAACAAGAAAACAGAAGACUUAAAGAAGCUGCAGAGAACUCACCCAGAGAAGAGGAGGCAACAGAAUUACUUUCUCUCAGGCAACAAGCACAAGAACUGGUAGAUGAAAAUGAUGCUUUGAAAAUGGUGGUCCAUCGUUUAAAUGUAGAAUUAAGCCGCUAUCAAACUAAAUUCAGGUCACUGUCCCAAGAAGAGCAUGUAAAGCUGAAAAGCUUACCCAUGAAAGGACCACCACCACCAUGGCUGUUGGAUAUGAAGUAUUUGUCACCUCUUCUGUUGGCUUAUGAAGACAGAAUAAGAGAAAAGGAAGAUUUUAUUCUUGAACAUGAGGAGGAUAUGAAGAAUUUUAAAGCACGAGUUGAAGAGUUGGUGAAGGAGAAUGAAGACCUGCAUGAGCGAUUAAAUAAAAAUAACUUUAUUACCUCUACAGAAUGGCAACAGCUGCAAACUCAGGCCAAGCUGGUCUUGGAAGAAAAUGGAUUGUUGAUGGAGCAGCUCAAAAUCCAACAAGCUAAAGCAAAAGACAGUCACAGACAGCACAUUCAAGAAGCUUCAAAGUUGACCAAACAGAUAGUAAUCUUAGAAGGGAAGAAACAGAGCCAGGAAGAAGAGAUAGCAGAGUACCAGAAGCAAUUAAAAGCUUUGUGUUCUACCUGUGAAGAGCUGAAAGCCCAAGUGGAGAGCAGAAUAGCAGCAGAGCAGCACUUGGCUUUGGUGAAUGAUUUAAACAGGCGGUUACAGGAGGAGCAGGAGAGGAGGCGCUGUGAGGUGGAAGGGCUGAAGGGAAGGGUGGCAUCGCUGCAAGCUGAGCACAAGAAACUGCUCCUGGAGAAAAAGAGCUGCAUGGCUGACUACAAGGACCUGCAAACCGAAAUGGAAAUGACACAGAAGACAAACAGGCGACUAAAGAAGAAAAUAGGUAUUUUACAAGUGCAGCUGGAGGAAGUGACAGAAAAAGAAGUUGUAGGUCAUUAUUACCUAACAAACCUUAUUGGUCUGGUGGAGAAGAUAGCUCAGGAACGUGAUCAACUUGUAUCUUUGGCCAGAUGUUUGGAAAAUGAGAAGCAGGGUGCUCUCAAUAGAAUGGUAGAAGGCAGUCUACGCUUAGGAAAACUAGAAGAGAAAGUUAAGGUGUAUAAAAAGAAAGCAGCUGGGAAGCUUGGGGAUAUCAGUCUGAGGAUGAGUGAGCAGGAGAAGGAAUUUGCCGGGAAGGCUGCUCAGUAUGAGCAGGAGAUGAAGCACCUCCAGCGUCUGCUGCAAGACAAGCAGGACACCCUGGCUGAAGUGCUGGAGCAGCAGAGGAAAGCAGAAGGGGAUCUUGAAAUCAUUUGGGAAUCCACAAUCAAAGAGAACAAGAGAAUGAGAGAACUCUUACAUAAUUCCCUGAGGAAGAACACCACGUGGAAUGCUCUCACAGCUCAGGAGCCACACUUUGAUGAAAGCUCUCAGAAGGACCUCGUUUACAGACGUGAUUUUAGCUAUUGUGAUGUGAAAACUUCAUCCCCUACUAAAAAUGAAUUUCAAGAUGAAUCUCAGUGAGAAGAAUCAGCAUCUCAUCCCAGAAAGAGAACUCAGUGCCUGAAUUUGACUUUUUCAGCAACACAAGAUAUGAUGGAACAUUUCCCCCCUUCAAAAUGACUGGAUUUUUAAGGUCAUAACAAAGACAAAUCUAGCCUGAAAUAUUACUUUGAUAUUUGAAGAAAAGGCUAUUCCUUGUUGAGACAAAAUGUGAUCCAGCUUUAAGUUAACGUGAAAAGACAAGUAACCAGUUAACAGGGUAAAAUUUGACUCUGGAGCAGCCAAGACUGAAGCAUCCUCCUGACAACUGGUGGGGCCUGAAUCCACAGCUGUCCACUCCCCAGAUUUACAGGAGCCUGAAUCCACAGCUGUCCACUCCCCAGAUUUACAGGAGCCCAGGUGCUGGGAAGCUGCUGCUGGAGUUUUGCCAGGGGGAUGAGUUACCAGCACAGGAUGCAGUUCUCCAGAUUGUCUUGUUCAUUCCACUUCAAAAGCACUUUUUUUCUAUUCUCUGCAGCAGUGUCAGCCUUUAGAUUAUUGAUGCCUGUUUGUCUGAGCUUUCAUAAUUGUUGAUUUUUCACAAUAUUGCACAUCAACUUUGUAGUACUAUCUAUUAAUAUGUAAAUUCAAAAUAAAGCCAUUUCAUACAACUUG